CAUCUUGCUGAGUUCAAUGUGUUUGUGAUGGGAUACAAUGUCGCUGGACAGCAGAGUUAGCCUACAUUUCCCAGUUUCAGUAGGGGGUCACAUUACAGCCAACUGCUUUUUGCCCAUCGUCGUUGGAAGCCAGUGGCUGAUGGGAAAACAAAAUGGCGGAAGAACUCAAACAGCUGAAGCUGUUCUCAGAUGUAGCUGCAAUGUUGGCACCUGCCAGAAGCCUGCGUGAGGCUGGCUGCUGCCCCUGCUGUCUGCUCAGGUUCCUGGGAGAGAAAGACUGUCACAUCUACCAAAAAUCAGCUGAGGAGCUUCAGACUGUAGCUCAUAUACUCUGCAACCAACCUCAAGGCAAUGCAGACAGUGCCACAGGAGACAACAAAUGUGUGAACACAGAUGACAUUCCAUGCAUAGCUUGUCUUGGCAUUCUACAGCAUGGCUGUAGUGAGGAAUUCCUUGAUAGGAUCCAGAGUAAAAUGGAGGAGGAAUGUUAUAAAUCCCAACUCUUCAGUUUAUCCUUGAUGACACCCAUACAACUAUUAGUGAGAGAGCAUGCAGUAAUGCUGUUUCUUAGGGAGAGAUUUAGUGACCUGUACACUGGCCAGUCCAUUGAUAAGGUGACAAGCAUGAAGGAUGUGUACAAGUGGAGAUGUGGGCCCAGAUUAAAGGACAAACUGAAUAUGGAGUACCAUCAUCAGGUAGAGAGUCCCUUUCUUAUCCAGUUGAUGUUUGAACACAAGGAGACUGAAACAGAGUGCAGUUUUCUGAUCAGUGCUUGUCCAAAGGUUUUUCCUACCAACUCAAGAAAACGCAAGAGAGAUUCAGAGCAGACUGUUUUGAACAGAACAUCUGUGACAAGAGCCAUCAGCAGCUUGUCUGAGAGCAAGUUUAUGAGUCUGGUGAGGUGCCCACCUGAGAAGGUAGACACUAUGUGCAGGUGCCAGGAGCUCACCUGUUAUCAUGAGGCAGUCUUUGUGGCAGGUCGUUAUAACAAGUACUCGCGGACCCUGAGCCAGACCCCCUGGGUGGUCGAUGGUGAACGGCGGGGUGAAACCUCUGUAUCAGAACUGAUUUGUACCAGAAUAAAGGCUAUGUUCAUGGCACAAGAGUACAGAUUCUCCUCGGCAGGUAGAGAGGAUGUGGAUGUCAGGACACUAGGGAGAGGAAGGCCCUUCUUAGUAGAGUUGAUCCAGCCGCACAUUUCUGAUGUGCCACCAGACAAGAUGAAGUUGCUUCAGCAGGAAAUCAACAGUGGGACAACAGAUAUUGCAAUUAGGGACCUGCAAGUUGUAUCAAGGGAGGAGUCAGGAAAGCUGAAGGUUGGAGAGACAGAAAAGACAAAGUCCUACUCUGCCCUGGUCAGGGUAGAGAAGCCCAUUCAGCCUGAUGACCUCAAGUUUUUAGAAGAGAUCACGGACUUGACGUUGGCCCAGAAAACCCCCAUCAGAGUCAUUCACAGACGACCACUAGCCAGUCGUGAUCGCGUCAUACACAAUAUGUCAGGGGAGUACAUCGACUCACAACACUUCAGACUACACCUCAAGACACAGGCUGGGACGUAUAUCAAAGAGUUUGUCCAUGGAGACUUUGGCAGGACCCAGCCCAGCCUGUCCACUCUCAUGCACAUGGACACUGAUAUCCUGGAGCUGGAUGUGGAGUUUUGUCUUGCAGUCUGUUGAUGUGGACUGGCCCAAGACUAUUGAUGAGUAAACAUCACCAUUUGGAACCAACUGUUACUACAGCUGUGGAAGGAAGGAAGGAAAAGAGAGCAACUCUUUUAAAAGCAAUGUCAAAAUCACAAGUACUCUGCCAAGGCAGUCUAUUAAACAUUCUGAAUCACUUUGGUGUGUGUCAAGUGCUGCAAGGAUGUUGUCUUAUAUAUUCUCAUGGAAACAUCAGAGGAAAAUAUUAGGGAUAAUGAAGUAAAGCUGUUGGAUACAGUUAAGAAAAAAAGUGAAUAAGAGAGAAUCCUUAAACAAAUUGUAUAUAGAAAGACAAACAUAAAUUAUGUUUAUGAUAAGAAUGAAAAAGAGAUUUGAUAAAAUGUGCCUUAAAAGUAUUCUCCCGUUUCAAGUAUAUUAUGUUGACUCCCUAAAU